CGAAAAAGAACGUCGGGCAAUCUACCCCACGACCGUGGCGCGCUUUGCGCGCAUAGCUGCACGCGGCCAUAGCUGUCGUCAACGGCGCUUCUGGCAGUCUGUUGGUGCCACGUGUCGUGGGCCCGUUGGUCGGCUGACGGCGGCUUUCAUCUUCCCUGAACGUCGGGUCCUGUUACACCUUCUCCCCCCCUCGCCCCCCUCCCCCCCCCCCUCCUCUCGAGCUCUCGAUGAGGAGAAGGAUCACUGUGCAGGGGGAAGGUUCCCUCUGUGGUUGAAGAUUGUUUUGCCAACUCUCUUGCCGUGACUGUGUGGAAGAAGCUCUCUCUCGCUGGCGUGGAAGGACGAACGCGGCAAAUCUAAUCUCAUCCGCACAUCCUGCUAAAGCUUUUGGUUAUGGCAAACUCGGCAAUAUCUGGGGGGUCGGCUGCAGACCCUCCACCUUUUCAGGAUGCCGCCAAUUGUGGAAUCUGUAAUUGCACUUUCAAUGUGUUCCGCCGGAAGCAUCACUGCAGGAGUUGCGGAAAGACCGUCUGUGGCGAGCACUCUUCAAAUACCAAAGUUCUUCCUCAGUUUGGAAUGAGCACGCCUGUCCGUGUGUGUGACACCUGCUUUGAGAUGCCAAGCAUUGACACAAGUCUAUCGCGUGAGCAAUCGGCGAGCAACCUGGAGACAACUCUGUCAGAUGCCGAGCCUCUGGAAACAGAGAAUGAAGUGAGGAGAAUUUCCACAAGAACGAAGGCGGAUGCCGUGGUUGCCAGCUUGCGGCUUACAAAUGAUGUCAGAGGAGCCUCUGAUUCUUCAGACUCUCAGGCGUCAGCGAUCGAGUGUCGCUGCCACAUGCCUCUUUGUAUAUGUGAGCCUGUAGGGCCACCCCGAGAGGCCCCUGCAGCACAGGUGGUCCCUGCCCCAAGACUGAGAAGAGCUGGCAGUGUUACAGGACGGGUGAAGACAGCUGGUGCCACAGAACAGCGUAGUGCCCCAGAGCAACGGGCUCCGACGAAUCCAGGAAUGCCGAGCUUGUUCUUCACAAAGGAGCAGUCAAAUACUUCUAGCACAACGCAGACAGCUCCACAGCAGUUCGAGCCUAAUGGAGAGGGAAUGAAAGAUGCUGUUAAGGCCAACGAUGUGGAAGCAGUUAAGAAACUCCUGGAGCAGGGGACGGACCCGAGAUACUGUGACAAGCAAGGCAUGACUCUUCUCCAUGUGGCUUCUGUGUUCAACCGUACUGAGAUCGUUAAUCUUCUGAUGGAUGCUGGAGCAGACCCAACAGUGAAGAAUGCCCAAGCUAUGGCUGUCUCCAGCACUACUGCUGCCUCUGCCUGGCGCUUAGGAAUCGCUUGCAGCGUGCGAAGUGUCAGCGGCAGCUAGUCAGGCGAAACGCUGGACAACGGGGCGGAGGCUCUCUUUUGUCAGGAUGACUGGCCUUCUUUGGUUGCCGGCUUUCGUUUGUAGCGUGGACGGGCUCUUGUUUGUAGUCUUGAUGGCUCUCAUUUGUGACGUUGACUGGGUUCCUUCGACAUCUGAUUGAGGUUAUUUUGACAUGACCGGGCAGGAUGCAGUGGCGGCCUGAGGCAGCUUGGACCCAGUACGUCCUCUGGGAACAUCUGCGAACAAGAUCCGUGCCUUUGGAUUUGUGUGUGAUCUGCGGGCGGGGUUGACGUUUUGGGAGAUGUUUGACUUUUUGUGCAUCAUCUCUGGGUGAGGUAGACUCUUUGGAAGACCUUUGACUAUUUGUGUCAUCAGUGGGCAAGGUUGACUUCUUCGAAGAUCGUUGACUUUUUGUGUGUGCUCUGUGGGGUAGGUUGACUUGUUGGAAGAUCCUUAAGACUUUUAACUCUUCAGUCUAUUGUGCGCGCGCGGAGCCAAUGGGAAUGGUUUACGUGUUGGAACUCCUCUUAGUUUAUUGUGCGCGGGUGGGGCCAGAGUAUCGACUAUCGUCAGACCUGGGCCGCGUUUUCCAGGCCCCAGAGGGUGCCCUUAACCACCUACAAGACGUCUCAUCUGACGAUUUUAGGCCCCAUAGACUGCGACUUUUGACCCGAAGACUCGGUCCCAGUCUGGAGACGGGACGGGACGGGACGACGGGACGCGGACCCUAAACUAAGCUUCAAGGAAAGCUGGACUCAAGUUUCCUUCCUUGCAAUAGGGUGAUAGGGAGGAAAAAAAAGGGCCUUGCAUCUUCCACGUGGGAGUCGGUCGGGUGGCACUAUUUUUGGUCAGUUUUUUAUAUCUGGCUUUUCACUUUUUUUUAAGUUUUUUUUUUAAUUCAGGUCACAGCCUUACUGGUUCUUUUUUUUUUUUUUUUUUUUUUUUUUUGUGUGUGUGUGUAUAUGUGUGUGGAGGUGGGUGGGUAGACUAACAUUCAGGUACUGAUUUCCUUCUACUGUUUUUCUGUUUUUUUUUUGGAGACAGUGGAGGACGGCUGGGUAGUAAACAGUCGGUGUUUUUGCUCU